AUGGCCGACGACUCCAUCUCCAUCUACGACGAGAUCGAAAUCGAAGACAUGGCCUUCGACCCGGUUCUCCAGAUCUACCACUACCCGUGUCCCUGUGGCGACCGCUUCGAAAUCGCCAUCGAUGAUCUCCGUGACGGCGAGGAUAUCGGUGUUUGUCCCAGCUGUAGUUUGAUGAUCAGAGUGAUUUUUGAUGCGGUAAUUUUCCCCUCCUUCUUUCUUUCUUUCCCCUUUCCGUCUUGUUUCUUGAGAAUUCGCUAUUGUAUAAUUGGGAACUGUGAUGCUGAUGAUGCGGGGUUUGCGUCUAGGCCGAUCUUCCCAAGGACGGUGAUGAUAAGAACGGGUCGGCGGCUGUUGCUGUUCAGGCUUAAAUGUUGGGAGUUAUCGCUUAGGGUUAAGCCGAUUCAGUUGAUUUGA